AUGGGGCGAAGGGGUUUUAACCGGAGCAAGUCGCGGCGGGGUACGUCGCGGCGCGCUAGAGCGGGCGCAAUCGCGGCCACGCGGCCCGGGCGCGCGCACACACCUCGUUGCAACCCGCGGCCGGCUGACAGGUUUGCGGAACCCCUUUCAUGUGCAUUUGAGGUGGAAGCCGCACGGCGGCCUCAAAUUGAGGGCAAGAGCUCUCGGGACAAGCAAAAGAACGCGGCCAUGGAUGAUCUUCCGAUUGACGUCAUCCUGACGGUGGCUCGCCAGCUGGCAGCCCAGGACCCGCCGUCCCUGCUGUGGUCCACGUGCGCCAGCAGCGGCUUCCGCCGCAUAAUAGAAAAACAUCCCGAGGUCUGGAAGGAAGCUGUACCAUUUUUGGCCUCAGAGGGCGAUGCACUUGUUGAGAUCCACCAAAAGCUGACGGUCCAAGAUCCCCUCUCCUUUCUGCGGGCCGUCGCGUCGUGCAAAGCCUUUGAGGCGGCGGCGGAAACAAACCCUGCCUUGUGGAAGGAAGCUUUCCACGGCUCGGCAAAGGAGCAACGCAUCUGGGCUCUGCAGACUUUCCUAUCCGAAGAGGGAGCAAAGCUAGACUCUGAACUAGAAAUCUUGGGAGGGUACAAUAAGAGUGGCAUUCAGAGUUUGUACUCGGAUGCUUCCAUUGUCGAUUGCAUUGUUGAAUGGGCAACGGACGACGAUGCCAAAAUUCGCUGUCAUGACUUCAAGCCUCUGAGCGGGAUCCUCCAAAAGCUGGCGGCCCAAGAUCCCCCCUCGUUUCUGCAGGCGGUCGCGUCGUGCAAAGCUUUUUGGGCGGCAGCGGAAACAAACCCUGCCUUGUGGAAGGAAGCUUUUCACGGCUCGGCAAAGGAGCAAAGCAUCUGGGCUCUUCGGAACUACCUGACGGAAGAGGGCGCAAUAUUAGAGGCUGAAUUGGAAGUCUUCGGAGGGUACAAGCGCGUUCUAGAAGCGACUUGGGCGAACCAGGUUGUUGAAGAACAUGAACAGAACCCUCAAGCAAAGCGCGAGUCGGAGUCGUUUCCGGGCACAAGCGGCUUCAGCUCAUCACGCCUUUCUCUUUACAGUUCGAGGUUUGUUGUUCUUGUAAGGUUGCUUGGGGUGCUGGUGGCUUAUGGCGUUCACAGCCCAAAACUACAAACGGGAAAGAUAGGCGUAAUAGCGAUCCCACUUCAUCUUCAACCGCUGUACUCGUUCAAGGAGAUAGGGCAGGCUUUGGGAGACAUAUACGCCGAGGGCCGUGCGGGUACUGACGAUUGGGGGUUUGGCUCAGUUUCGAGGUUUGCCGCGAGCGGGCCAAACAUCGCGCGCACCGCGGCUAGGCUCUCAAACCGCGGGCAACAGCACGCGUACGGCGGCCGCGCUAUCGCGCCCGCCUGCGUCGGAGCCGCGCAGGACGCGCAGCUGCGCAAUUACCACUUCUGCCGCGACGCUAUGGAUGAUCUUCCGGCGGAUGCUCUUGUCGAGAUCCUCCAAAAGCUGGCGGUCCAAGAUCCCCUCUCUCUUCUGCGGGCCGUCGCGUCGUGCAAAGCCUUUGAGGCGGCGGGAGAACGAAACCCUGCCUUGUGGAAGGAAGCCUUUCACGGCUCCGCAAAGGAGCAGCGCAUCCCGGCUCUGCAGACUUUCCUAUCCGAAGAGGGAGCAAAGCUAGACGCUGAACUAGAAAUCUUCAAGUUGGGAGGGUACAAACAUUUUCGUUCAGAGGAGUGCCCCCGGCCCGCGUGA